AUGUGGCUGUUCCCUGCUCAGAAGUUUAAGUACGUGUUGGAGGAAGUUCACACCUGUGAGGGAUCUCUAAAUAACCUACAAGAAGAGAAACCUCCUGAUCUUUCUGUCUUUUCAGGUCAUGACAGGCACUGCCUCAGAGGUCUGAUCACCAACAUCAGUGACCCUAUCACAGCUAAAGUCAGUCCUCAUGGUAAGAGCUAUGUCUCUGGUUCGUGGGGAAAACAAUCCCAGAAGGAGAGCGAAGGGCAGAAGAACAGUUACUGGGUUCAACCUCUGCUCAGCAGCCACAUCUGGGGCAACACUGUGCGCCUUUACCAAACCUAUGAAGACCUCAUGGCCUCAACAAACCACAGAGAAUAUACAUUUGCUUCAUCUUACAGUCAUCCCAGCACAAAUGAAGGUCCGAACGCCGUCCUGUAUGGCGAGGCUCUGUAUUAUCACUGCUACCGCUCUGCAGACGUUUGCCGGUACGACCUGGAGACCAACGAGGUCAAACGGGUGACUCUUCCAGGCACUGGUGUGGGUUUCAACAACAAGUUCCCCUACUGUUACUACGAUUGCCGGCUCAAUAGUGAUGUUGAUGUAGAGGCAGAUGAAACAGGACUGUGGGCUCUCUAUGCCACUAUAGGUAACCAUGGUAACAUUGUGAUCAGCCGCUUAGUUUGGGACAGCGAGGUGAAGAGUCUCAACGUGACACAGACGUGGGAAACGAGGCUGUUCAAGAAGGCAGUAAGUAACGCCUUCAUGGUGUGCGGUGUGAUGUACGCAACUCGUUACGUUAAUGAGUUCCGGGAGGAGGUGUUCUACGCCUUCGACACAGCCACAGGCAAAGAAGACAACUCACUAGCAAUACCACUGGAGAAGGUAGCUAAAGCAGUGGCUAGUCUGAGCUACAAUCCCACCAACAAGCAGAUCUACAUGUACAACGAUGGAUACUUGCUAGCCUACCAGGUUUACUUCUGA